AUGAACAAUGCACGAACUGGAUGUGUUGUGUGCGCAGUGUUAGUAUUAGUAGGUAGUAUCGGAAUUAUUAUUGCUGGUGCAAUAAUAGCCAGUGAAAAUGCACCAUUUCGUUCCUACUGGAGUGAACUAUUUAGUCUACCAAUCUAUGCAGCUGUUGUGGGGGCAUUUGCCUUCAUGUUUUCAAUAGGACUAUUCUAUAUUACAAUGAAACAAUUUCCAGCUUUAACAACAAUCAUCUCUAUUGGUUUAAUUAUCAUUGGCAUAUUUGCAUUCGUCUCUGGUGUUUUAGCUGUUCGGGGAGGUGCUCACAUUCGUGAAGAAACGUACAACAUUACAAAUUACUUGAUGCAUAAUUUUUAUAAUUUGAAUUAUACUAACGAACGACAAAUAUAUGCUCAACUGCAACAAAGGUAUAAAUGUUGUGGUGUUAUUAAUCCGCACGACUGGGCAUAUGUCGGUCCAAAUGUAACAUCAGUACCUGAUUCGUGCUGCAUUGAAAUGUCACCCAACUGUGGCUAUAAUCAACUGGUAUUACUAAAUCGAACAUAUAUACGUGGAUGUGGUGAAACUCUAUCGCAUAUAUAUUCCAUACAAUAUGUCGUGUUUAUUGCUCUGAGUUUUUUUAUCAUGGUAGCUUGCAUUGCGGGUGGGGUAGCAGGCUCUUUAUUUGCAAAACGUAUUAGACAACAAUAUGAGGUUAUGUAA